AUCUUCUCCUGACCGUGGACACAACGCAGCGGUACCAGAAGGUGAAGGGCUUCGGUGGCUCCGUCACCGACGCGGCUGCCUUGAACAUCCUUUCCUUGCCGGAAAGAGCCCAGGAGGCCCCAGGGGGAGGGCUGGAGUACAACCUCGUGCGGCUCCCCAUGGCUAGCUGCGACUUCUCCCUCCACGCCUACACCUACGACGACGUUCCCUUCGACUACGAGCUCACCCACUUCAGCCUGCGAGACGAGGACACGAAGCUGAAGUGGAUGAAGACCAGCGAGUCCUUCGUGGGGAAGGGCACGCUGAAGGGACAGGCGGGGGACAAGUACCACAAGACCUGGGCCAACUACUUUGUACGGUAA